ACUUUUCCGCCAUCAACAAGACAAAGGUUGCUUACGCGGUUUGUGUUGUAUUUGGAGUGUUUUCGUGGACGCGUCUAGGGAAAAAAAAAAAAAAUCGCGUUUCAUGUGAGCCCCGCCGGUAGUGAACGCGUCCCGCCUGUGCGACACCAGCGAACGAAGAAGCAUCCGUCUGCAAAUCCGCAGCCGCGUGAGCCGGUGGCGUUCUCUUUUUUGUGCCGGAAGAAAAACCCAACGAGAUUCGCGCAAGCAUGGCGGACAAUCCCGUCGAGAACGGCGACGCCGAGGCGCAGGAGAACGGCGAUCACCAGCACGAUUCCACCGGCGGCGAGCUGCUCGACGAAAGUUUGGGCGACGAGCACAGCCUGGACGACCCCGAGCUCGAGGCGAUCAAGGCCCGCGUGCGGGAGAUGGAGGAAGAGGCCGAGAAACUGAAGCAGAUGCAAAGCGAGGUCGAGAAACAGAUGAGCAUCAGCCCGCCCGGCGGCUCGCUAGGCCUAACGCUCGAAGAGAAGAUCGAGGUUGACGCGCGCUCCAUCUACGUCGGCAACGUCGACUACGGCGCGACGGCCGAGGAACUGGAGCAGCACUUCCACGGCUGCGGCUCCAUCAACCGGGUGACCAUCCUGUGCGACAAGUUCUCGGGACACCCAAAGGGAUUCGCCUACAUCGAGUUCACGGACAAGGACUCGAUACAGACGGCCAUGGCCCUCGACGAAUCGCUGUUCCGCGGCCGCCAGAUCAAGGUGAUGACCAAGCGCACCAACCGACCGGGAAUCAGCUCGACGAACAGGCCGCCCCGUGGUCGUUUCCGGAGGCCCGGACGCGGCAUGUACUACGGAGGCGGCGGCGGCGGUGGCGGCGGUUACCGCUUUCCACGGCGCGCCUACCGACCGCGCAGGGCGUCGUGGUUCUAUCCUUACUAGAAAAAAAGAAAGGGCCGCGCUGUUUGCAUGUUCCGAUCCCCUUUUCUUUCUUUUUUCUUUGUUUCCCUCCUGCCCUUUUCCCCCCUUCAUUCUUACUCCGUUGGUCACCCCCCCGUCCCCCCUUUCUGCCAAACGUACCACCCCAAACACACUUGUCUCUACCGCUCGAAAUGUAGCACACCUCUGUGCGGUUGCGAAAUGUGCAGGUGGGCUCAAUCUAGGUUUGGAUCCUGCUUGCAAAGUAGCGAAGCGCCGCUGUCAUGUGUGGCGCAUAAAAAACCUCGAGUCACGCCGGGCUCGCUUAGUAGAGAGCUUUGAGAUUACCGGCCUUCUUGCGUGCGCAAGCAGCGUUUGUUCCCGGAUCUAAAACACACUGACGUCGUGCAACAGCAGGUGCUCUUGAAUGACUUACCUUGUUGCAGUAGUGUUGCAGCACCACUUGUCUGAAUUCGUAAUGCUAAGCGUUCAGGAAGAACUGGGUAAAGGAACGGUCAUGGCAGAAAAGUUCGAGUUGCCUAACGUGACAUGUUCAGAGAGUCAUUUUGGUUCGAUAGCACUUAAACCUUUUUCCGCUUGGUACUAGUUUCAUUAGGGGGAUGUCACGAGGCAGCAAUCAAUAAUCAGUGAAAUGUGGGGCACGUUGGCGUUUGCACGAGACAAGUGUGUCUGGAGUCGUAUGGGAUGUCCGUGUGGCUGGUCACACCAGCAUCCGAUGAAGAUCGGUUUUGAUGGGAGGAGUUGGUCAGGUGCACCGUUUCAUAUGUGCUUUCAUCUGCUGCGCUACUCCAAGACGUCUCACGCAUGCUUCUUCAUAGCAGGCGCCGUUUCUUCAACUUGAAGGAUCAGCUUACAGGGAUUGUUAGGCAUGCGUGCAUGCAACAGAAUAGUUCCUUCAAGAAAGCUGUUGUGAAGAGGUUUCCCGCCUAAGCAGUCACUAACUAGGGUAUGGUUGCCUUCCUUACGCAGGAUCAUUGCGUCACUGUGUAGUGGCCACGUGAAACUUUUUUUUUUAAUGCAUUUCUUCGUUGCUGGGAGAGGAGUGUCAGUCAUGGUGCGCAGACACGUCUGAGCAUUGUUUUUGAGGCCUGCAGGGGGGGUUGUGCUCCCAGGUAGUUCGGCUAUUAUACAACACCCAUCUCGACCGUUUCCUUUUUUGGAGAGAUGUAAAUGUUCCAUGAGUUCAGUAGUCAUUGGCCAGACUUGGUUCAGAGUUGCAACUUGCUUUGGUUGGGGUAUGUGACUCCUUGUUCAUCGCGGCAUGUUGGGCGGUGUUUUGUUGUUGUUAUUUUCUUUCUUUUUGCUUUGGGUGUUGUCUUCACACGCGUCUUUCUUUCCUCUGUCUGCUACUACUACUUCUUGCUCUGCGUUUGGUGUGUGUUAUUAACGUGCAAACGUCCCCGGCUCGGUGCACUCGGAACUGUGGAGAGAAGCUGAAAGAGAAACUUUCUUCUUGUUGUGUUCACAUUGCUUGUAAAGUCAUUCCCACAACACUACAAAAAAACAAACAAAGCAUCAUCACAACAUAUUGUGCGGUCGGUGGGGAAAGCAAGAGUAGGUAGAAAGAGACUGUUGCCAGCGCAUGAAGCAAUCCUAGCGCAGUGACUAGUGCCUAAUCUCCGCAGGCUUUGUGGAGCAGUGAAAAAAAAAAAAGCUAAACGUGACCGGCCUAGUCGCCUGGUCAGGUGGGAAUGUUACAUGCGGUGGCAACAGCAAACAUUUCUCAUCAACAUUUGUGGGCGGAGAGCGGCGCAGAGUCUGUUGCUCGUUUUAUUCUUGGUUGAUGGUAAGGGAAAACGAAAAAAGGCCUUGGCAUCUAUUCCUGCUGUCAUUUUGCGUGUGUGUUUUUCUGUUCUCCUGGGAUAGAUCAAGGUGCUCUUUUUUUAUUUUUUGUUGUUCAAACUUGUUUUUUUUUUUUGUAUAUGCGUCGGCUACAGUGAAGCACGCGUCUAUUUCAUCUGUUCUUUCAUUGUUGGUGCAGCGUCGGACUGCGAAAACAUGUUGAAUUGCUGAAAGAGCAAUAUUCUGAAAGCUUUUUUUGCAGAAAGACAAUGCUGAAAAAAAGAAAAUCUACCUUGAAUAUCAACAGAAAAUUGCCCAAAAGAAACUGAGGGGGCCUUUCGACCCACAAUACAAAAAUUUCAUCUUUCAAAAAUAAAAAGAAAAUGAUCUAUACAUCGUA